AGCACCGUGCCGAGCUUUCUGGACGCCGCGGUUCUGGCGCGCGGCAGCCAGGCGGCGCUAUGCGCUCCGCUUGGAGCGGCGAGGUGCGGCACGCAAGUGGAGAAACGCAGCCUCUUGCAGCAGCAGCAGCAGCAGCAGCUCGAUAAGCGCCGUGGAAGCGGAUGGAAUAGUAACCGGGCACGGGCGGGCGCCUGAGGAGACAGCGCGCGCGGAGUUUCUGGGCACCUGAGCAGGAGGAAGGAGGGAUUCGGUGGGGAUUGUUGCAAGCGGCGGAUGCGGCCGAGGAUUUAACCCCAGCUGGGACUUGCUGGCUGCCUGCCCUCGACGCCCAUGGCUUGGCACAGCGGGGCGGGGAGUGCAUAGCUCCGGGAUGCCCCAAACACUGAGCUCUACCAGCAUGUUUACUCCUUGUGGCUUCAGCCCUCAUCAUCUACAUCCACCCAAAGAAGGUGAUGAAGGAGGACUGAUCUUUCAAGAUGGAAACCUCACCUCAGCAUCUCUUGAUGCUUUAAUCCAGCAUCUUAUACCUACAGCUGACUACUACCCUGAGAAGGCCUAUAUCUUUACAUUCCUCCUGAGCUCAAGACUCUUCAUUGAGCCUCAUGAACUUCUGUCCCGGGUUUGUCACAAGUGCAUCGAGCAGCAGCAGCUGGAUGACCCAGUGCUGGAUAAGGCACGAAUCAGAAAAUUUGGGCCCAAAAUACUGCAGUUAUUGACGGAAUGGACAGAAACAUUUCCAUAUGAUUUUCAGGACGAAAAGAUGAUUGGCUGCUUAAAAGACAUUAUCCACAGGAUAGCUCCAUGUGAUGAGGCCUACUGGAAAAAGAUGAAUCAGCUUCUGCAGACCCUGAAUCAGAAGCUCGCAGCUCUUAACCAUGGGCAGGAAGGGAUAGUCAAGAUCAACGCAGCUGUCUCAGACAAGGUGGUUGCUUUUAAAAGUAAGCCCCCAUCCAUUCAACGAGAAAUGAUGAGUGUCUGCAGUGAUCCCUACACCUUGGCCCAGCAGCUGACACAUGUGGAACUGGAAAGACUGGGUCACAUUGGGCCUGAAGAAUUUGUUCAAGCAUUUGUCCAUAAAGAUCCUUUGGAAAGCACAAAGCCUUGUUUCAGUGAACAGAAAAAAACUAGCAACCUUGAGGCCUAUGUCAAAUGGUUCAAUAGACUCUGCUAUCUUGUAGCAACAGAAAUCUGCAUGCCUGCAAAAAAGAAGCAGAGAGCACAAGUCAUUGAGUUUUUCAUUGAUGUUGCUCGUGAGUGCUUUAACAUCGGGAAUUUUAACUCGCUGAUGGCAAUCAUAUCUGGUAUGAACAUGAGUCCAGUCUCCAGGUUAAAGAAGACUUGGUCAAAAGUGAAAACAGCCAAAUUUUUUAUUCUUGAGCAUCAAAUGGACCCUACAGGUAAUUUUUAUAACUACAGAACUGCAUUGCGGGGAGCUGCACAUCGGUCCCUAACAGCACACAGCAACAGGGAAAAGAUUGUGAUCCCGUUCUUCAGCCUACUGAUCAAAGACAUUUACUUUUUGAAUGAAGGAUGCGCCAACCGCCUUCCAAAUGGACAUGUCAACUUUGAAAAAUUCCUGGAACUGGCUAAGCAAGUAGGUGAAUUUAUAACAUGGAAACAAGUAGAAUGUCCAUUUGAGCGAGAUGAUAACAUAAUCCACUAUUUACAUACUGCGCCCAUCUUUACUGAAGAUGGUUUGUACCUGGCUUCCUAUGAAAGUGAAAGUCCGGAAAACCAAACUGAAAAAGAGAGGUGGAAAACCUUGAGGACAACUAUCUUAGGAAAGACUUGAAGCUAAAGAUCUAUAAUUGCAGUAGGACAAACAAACAAACAAACAAACAAACAAAAAUCAGCAAAACUACUUUGCACUACUGAUUCCAAAGAUGCCUAUUUGGGAUUUAUGAGAUUUUAUCCUUUAUUUUUGUGUGCAUUUUGGACUAUUUGUGGUUCACUGGAUUCAGAGGUGUAUUUUUACUGCACGCACAAUGAUGUUUUCUAGCUACUCUCGAACAGCAAAAGGCCAGGAGGUGGCUUCUUCUUGGCUGUACCAGAACAGAGUCCUUAUCGCUGUUUACACUUGCCUCUGAAGGAAGAGCAAAUGGCACGGAGAGCCAUGAUGCUGCAAACACAAAAGAUUUUCACUGGAAAGGUACAGGGUGUGUAUCUCUGAAGCAGGGUGUAUUGGACAAUAACUCUCCAAGAGCUGUCAAAAGUGUAUUAUGCUAAACACAGCAUUAAUCUGGCCACUUGCUACAUAAGGGGGAGGAAAACCUUGUUUUUCCUCUACAGCUUUCAGCCUCAGUGAACAAUAUUCUGAUGGCAGGAGAUAAAAGACUUAAUACAAAGCCACAUCAGUAUGGAAAAAUCCAUGCAAACGCUUCCCUUUUAAAAAAAAUAAUAAUACAGAAGCAUAUGAGCUGUGAACAUUCAUUAUUUCUCCUAAUGUUUGGGGUGUAUGUCAUUAUUAUUAUUUCCUUAAGUCAACUGCUAAGCUGUUCUGAUGAAGUCAAUGGCUUUCAGUCAUACUUACCUCUGUAUAAAGCAUGUAGCAUAUUCUCUAGUUCUGUUGACUGAUGACUCAGAGAAUAGUCUUCAAAGGGGCCUUACCUCAUUGACAAUUGAUGGAAGAUUAAUCUGUUAAGGGCUCUAACAGUUAUUUUCCUUUUGCCUGCUCAUUUUGUCUUCAUGUCUAAGGCAAACAAUAUUUGAGAGGGGGAAUUACUAGACGUUGGGGCUCUUUGUCCAGUGCAUUUGAGAGAACACUUUUCACUCCAUGAAAUGUUGCACUUUGGUAAAAGAAUUGUCUACA